AUGUUUCUAGACCUACCUUUUCUGGGCUUUUUACCUCUAGUGUUCGUGCUAGCUCACGAGUUCCCAGAUUUGAGUGGUGGCUACACAGAGAGCUCAAUAAUUCGUGGAUGGACCCGAAGCACUGACAUCCAUCGGUAUAUGGUGUCGAUGCAAAAAGACCAGCAUUCUGGGUUCGCUUCGUGCGGCGGCUCGAUCAUCGACUAUGACUGGGUGCUGACAGCGGCGCAUUGCGUGUUUGACUAUGACACUCAAACGACGACAAUUUGUCGG